AAACGUUGUGCGAGGCACAGAAAGUCAGUCCCACACUCCCGGUGGCAUAGAGGAAACAAAACAGCAACCAGAACCUGUGGAAAAGUGCUAGCCGAAAGGUUUUGGAUUUGGGCUUUUAGAUUAGUUGAAUCUGGUUUGUGUUUAUUUUUUGUUUUUUUUUUUUUUUUUCAUUUCGUCUUUUUAUUUUGUUCGCGAAGAGCUAAAAGCCCUCUUUAUGACUUCAAAAAUAGCUUCAACAUUUUACAGUGAACUGACCUGCCAAAUUGAAUUAAUUUGCAUUGGGCUAUAAAUGUCCAACUGCCGGCAGUAAAGCAAUUAUCGCAGUGACAAUCGAUUCUCAACGCAGCACUGACAAUCCUUGCGAUAAAGAAGUGAAUUUUCCUAUCAUACCAAAACACGACUGUGCAAAUCUCUGAUAACCGCAACAGCAUGAAAGUGACUAACCGGCUGGUAAGCGUCCGUGCCAAGACCGUCAUUACGGCCGUCCUGGUGGUGAGCUCUUGUGUGGACUUCGUUAAAGGCGGUUGCCUCAGUUACGGCCAUUCCUGCUGGGGUGGUCAUGGUAAACGAUCCGGUGCACCUGGAGGACGUAGUUCAAUCGCAGUGCGAACCAUACCCGCACCGCCACUAUACUCACAGGACACUGGACUGUGGCCCUCCAUCGAACGGGGCCAAACGCCGGUCGAAUAUAAAAGUGCGAUGCACUAUCAACCGCUGAAUCGACUGUUUCGAAUUCCUCCGGCAGCUGCAAUGGAUUUAUUAGGUUCCGAUGCCGCCGGAUCUUCAUCUGCCUCAGAUGAGAACGAUUCGGAAAAUUUAAAAGCACCUCCUGACGACAAAGACAGCGUCUAUGAAACGUUACCACCAAGACCCCGUAUCAUCAAUGCAAGAGAAAAUCAAUUUCGUUUAAGAAAGCAUCUUCGACAAAAAGCGGCUUUGCUGCAAACCAUGGCUGAUGGAACGGAACCCUCGAAUGAUUCAGACGAUAACGAUGACUUUGGCCAGCUAGUGCUGAACGUAGGCGACCGUGGAAGGAAUGACAAUUCAGCGAGCUUAUCGAACCCCGGUUCACCCCGAAAGUACAGCCGAAGUUCGUAAAUGAAGUUAUGGCCCUACGACUGAGCAGCAAAACGGCAAGAUAAAUGAUGGUUAUAAUCGUUAGCAACAAACUUUAGUGCAUAGGAUUAAUGUUAAACAUCGAUGUGCAUGUGCAAGUGCGGGUAUUGCCCACCGUCAGGCUGGAAGAUGGGCGGAACUCGCUGCCGGCAUAUCGAAGCGUGCCAUAAUAAAACAUACUAAUGCGUGUCGUCGCUCUUCGCGUGCGAUACCUUCAGGAUUUUCAUCAGAACUGCGGCAAAUUUUCUCACAUUGGGGGCCGAUUGGAAUAUAUACCGAUAUUCAUGAUCCUACUAAAUGCAUUACGCUAUCGUUCUUCUGUAGUUCAAAAGUCUAAUUGUACACCGCAAUUUUAGAGCACAUUUUAAGUCCUGUAAAUAAAU